AUGCCCAAAUACAGCUGGCAGUUUUGCUGGAGUGGCAGGAAAGCUCCUGAUAAAAGCCGAGCCCGAGCCAGCCUCCAGCACCGGUGCGAGAACAUCCAUACUGUGUUUCAGACCGUCACCGUUAAGGAGGACGAUGUCUUGCCCAUGAACCUCCUCCCCCCCAAGUACGAUAAGAUUGAGGACAUGGCCAUGAUGACCCACCUCAAUGAAGCCACUGUGCUGUAUAACCUCAAAGAGCGUUUUGCAGCGUGGAUGAUCUACACUUACUCCGGGCUGUUUUGCGUUACUGUGAAUCCAUACAAGUGGCUUCCAGUGUACGACCAGUCUUGUGUUGAUGCAUACAGAGGCAAGAAGCGCAUGGAGGCUCCCCCACACAUCUUCUCUGUCUCUGACAAUGCCGAUCAGUUCAUCUGCGCGUGCUUUUGGAUUUUUGGAAAAGGAUUAACUUCACCAAGAGACGAAAUAUCCUUGCGGUGAACAUGCAGGCUGCAAGAAACAGAGCAGAGUCGCCGGGAGAGAAGAAGAAUUAACAAGAAUGAAUACAGAAAGCAAAAGAAUACUAUCGUUUGUUAUUCAUUCUUUUUCAUCUCUACGCCAUAUCAUAGACGCAUUAAAGCAACCUGGAACAGCA